ACUUCUCUCCUCUCCUGCUCCUGAGAAGACAGACCGACAGGCACCUACUCCUCAUCCUUAAUCAUGGCAACCAUGGUGUACUCAUCCUCCUCUUCACGGAGCUCCAUGGGCGGGGGCCUGGGUCAGGGUUCCUUUGGGUCCAGCAGAGGCCUGAGCUCAUACAGUGUGGCCGGAGGAGCAGGAGGUGGCAGUAUUAGGGUCUCCCAGGCCAGCCGGGCCUUCUCCGCUGGUGGUGGCGGUGCAGGGUUCGGCUACGGCGGAGGAGCAGGUGGGGGUUCAGGUUUUGGUGGGGGUUCAGGUUUUGGUGGGGGUGCGGGUUUUGGUGGGGGUGCAGGUUUUGGUGGGGGUGCAGGUUUUGGUGGGGGUGCAGGGAUGGGUGGGGGUGCAGGGUUCGGAGGAGGUUUUGGUGGUAAUGAUGAGAGCGUCAUUGGCAACGAGAAGUUCACCAUGCAGAACCUCAACGACCGCCUGGCUACCUACCUGUCCAAGGUGGGGGCAUUGGAAAAGGCCAACGCUGCACUGGAAAUAAAGAUCAGGGAGUUUGUAGAGUCCAAGGCCAGCCCAACCAGUAGAGACUACAGCGCCUUCUAUGCCACCAUUGCAGAACUCCAGGGCAAGAUCCAGGACGCCCUCAUCGCCAAAGGCUCCGUGAUGCUGAACAUCGACAACGCCAGACUCGCUCAGGACGACUUUAGGAUGAAGUAUGAGAACGAGCUGUCGAUGCGCCAGUCGGUGGAGGCCGAUAUCGCCGGGCUGAAGAUGCUGCUUGGAGAAAUAGGCGUGGCCAAGGGUGACCUGACCAUGCAGAUUGAAAGCCUAAAGGAUGAGCUGGCAUCCAUGAAGAGAAACCACGAGGAGGACCUGGUCUCUAUGCGCACAGAAGUGGGCGGUCAGGUGAACGUGGAGGUUGAUGCUGCUCCUCAGGUGGAUCUCACAAAGGUCAUGGAGGAGAUCAGAGAAGACUACGAAGCUGUCGCUGUCAAAAACCACAAAGAGCUUGAAGGCUGGUUCCAGUCCAAGUCAGAGACUCUCACCCAGGAGGUUGCAAGCACAGAGAUGACACUGCAGACGUCAACCACAGAGGUGAAGGAGGUGAAGAGUCAGCUUCAGGCCCUGGAGAUUGAGCUCCAGUCUCAGCUCAGCAUGAAAGCGUCUCUGGCAGCCUCCCUCGCUGACGUUCAGAACCGCUACGCCAUGAAGCUGAAUGGCUACCAGAUGCAGGUGACGUCUCUGGAGGAUCAGCUGGUACAGCUGAGGGCCGACCUGGAGCGACAGGGACAGGAGUACCAGAUGCUGCUGGACAUCAAGACCAGGCUGGAAUUGGAGAUUGCAGAAUACAGACGACUGCUGGAUGGAGAAGCAUCUGGGCUUUCUUCCACCUCUUCUUUCACCUCUUCUUCCUCAAUCACAGUAACCAAAACUCCGAUCAUCAAAAUGGUUGAGGAGAUCAGUUAGGAUCAAUCAAACGGCUGUCUGACUGGGGCGGAGUCAAAUCUCAACCUAUCACCUUCCUGCUUGCUGAAACCAGAACCACUUCCUCCUGAUGAGGAGCAGUCAUCUCAUCUUCCUCCUUUUACACCCAUUUCCUGCUGUGGCUCAGUUAACGAUGGUGGAUCUGAGUGGAAACUUUAAUCAGGUGUUUCUCCUUCUGUCUUCAACAAAUUAAACUGAACUGAACACCA